GUCACACUGAUAGCUAAUUGAUUGUAGAAAAGUUACAAGUCAACGUUUUGUUUCAGAAAUAUAUACAAAAUAAUCAGUUGAAAUGUGUGAAUAUGAGUUUUCCGAGACGGCGUACGCUAAAAUCGUAUUCCAUGCGGCCAAAUAUCCACACCAGGCGGUCAACGGCCUACUGCUGGCCGAGAAGAAGCAAAAAGGUUCCGUAGUCCAAAUUACGGAUGCAAUUCCACUUUUCCACCAGUGCCUGCAUGUGACCCCAAUGGCGGAAAUAGCCCUAAAUCAGAUCGAUACCUAUGCUGAUGGCGAGGGAUUGGUGAUUGCCGGCUACUAUGCUGCACCGGAGAACUUCUACGACAAUCAGAUUGAUAAGGCGCCAGCAGCGAAGAUCGCUGACAAAAUAGUGGAGAACUACAAGAACGCCUGUUUUGCGAUUGUCGAGAACAAGCUGAUGUCCCUGGAGCACAAUCGGGCGGCGCUUCACGUCUAUGGCUAUGCGAGCGACUCGACGCGCUGGUCAAAGGCCAAAUAUUCCAUUGUGCAAACAGCACAAACGCUGGAGGGUGUUUCGUUGCUGCUGAAGCGGGGCGCGAUGCGGGAUGUCAUCGAUUUCGAUAAUCACUUGGACAAUCCGGAGAACGACUGGACCAAUCAGUUUCUGAAUCAAUCGCUGAAGGAUUUGCAAAAGUUGUACUAGUACUGCAUAUGUUAAACAAUUAGAAAAUGUGCAUUUGAAAUGAGUGGAGAGAGCAGAGCAGAGCCGGAAUUUCAACCUUGCAAUUUAAUUUAUUGUAUGUAAUUACAAUUGGAUUUCAGUUAAUCUUUAGAAUAAUGCAUAUAAGUUAAAUAACAUUCAACUAAUUAAUAAAUAAUCAAUUCUUUCGUAUUGGUUUUGCGGGUACAAGUCCUAUCCCUAUCCGGUCCGUAAUUCCGUCUCUGUGUUAUAUAUUUUUCAUUUCUUUGUCAUCCCGUCGUAAUGUUUUUGUUUUGAGUGCGUGUCGUCAGUUAAACCUAAAUAUGUUUACAAUUACCAUUAAUAAUAAAUACAAAUGAAUAAUAUGCAUAGAA